CACAAAUUCGAAUACAAGUACAAAUGAGUGUGAAGACAAGUUUGUUUGUUUUCUGAGGAUUAAAAAACAAAAAACAUACGAUAAUAUUUCAAUGCUAAAAUAAAUAAAUAAAUGAAAGAGAAUCAGAAAUUGAAUGCGGGAAAUUAAUUGAUAUAUAAUAAUAAAAGCGUUACAUUCAGUUCCAAACAAUAAAAUUCUGCGUCACUCAAAAAUCUCUUUCUUCUUUUUCUCUCUCUCUCAAGUCCAAACACACACUUUCAGUUUCAGAGCAACAAUGGCGUCUACUAUUACUGAAAACCUAAGCAGAGAGCAGUACGUGUACCUAGCCAAGCUAGCUGAGCAAGCCGAGCGUUACGAGGAGAUGGUUCAGUUCAUGCAGAAGCUUGUGUUGGGUUGCACUCCUGCCUCUGAGCUUACUGUGGAGGAGCGAAACCUCCUCUCUGUGGCUUACAAGAACGUCAUCGGCUCACUCCGAGCCGCCUGGCGCAUCAUCUCCUCCAUCGAGCAGAAGGAGGAGGGUCGCAAGAACGAGGACCAUGUCGUCCUAGUCAAGGAUUACAGAUCUAAGGUCGAGUCUGAGCUUUCUGAUGUCUGCGCCAGUAUCCUCAAGCUCAUGGACUCCAAUCUAAUUCCCUCCGCCUCUUCCAGUGAGUCGAAGGUCUUCUAUUUGAAGAUGAAGGGCGAUUAUCACCGUUACUUGGCUGAGUUCAAGGUCGGUGAUGAGAGGAAAACCGCCGCUGAGGACACCAUGAUCUCUUACAAGGCUGCUCAGGAUAUAGCGGCUGCCGAUCUUGCAUCUACACAUCCAAUCAGGUUGGGGCUAGCGCUCAAUUUCUCAGUGUUCUACUAUGAGAUUCUCAAUCAAUCUGAUAAAGCUUGCACCUUGGCCAAACAGGCAUUUGAGGAAGCAAUUGCUGAGUUAGACACUUUGGGGGAGGAAUCGUACAAGGACAGCACCCUCAUCAUGCAACUCCUAAGGGACAACCUCACCCUUUGGACUUCAGAUGCGCAGGUCAGAGGCUCAUCUUCCGUUUCUAUUUACUAUUUAGUUUUGUGCCAUAUUGUUAUUGUUACUUCGAUUGAGCAAAGAUGUAAUAAACUUGAGUUGUUUUGAAAUAAUGCAGGACCAGUUAGAUGAGCCAUAGGAGGCGAUGUAUAAAUAUGAGCAAUCCUUUUCUUGUGGAACAGGAGUGUUUAUUUAUUUGUGGUGAUUGGAAGAAGUGUGUUAAGUCUUGUAAAUUGGGUGUCAGCCUUGGACGUGAUACUCCAUAUUCAGACCAAAGUUGUUCUUAAAUAUAUUUACUGAUGUGGAAUCGUGGAAUUUGAUAGCCAAGCUAUUUUAUUAGCUGUGCUCUAUAAAAGUCCUUUUCUUUUUUUUAUUGCUCA